AUGAAACGUUCAUUCAAGUGUUAUAUAGGUGCACGUGUGGUACUUGCUGAUUACAAUAUAGAAAAAGGUAAUCAAGUCGUAAAACAACUUAAAGUUAAAACUGGAUAUGAUGUUGAUGUUUUCGCAGUAAAUCCUAGUUGGGUAUGGACAUCAAUUCAAGCAUCGAUGCCAGAAGUUAUUGGACAUAUUCUAUUUAUUAUUUUUUAUCCGAUAUUAUAUAUACUUGAAUUUAUCUUAGCUAAAACACCGAAGACAGGUGCGCGAACAAGUGUUUUUUGUACUGUUGAACCAACUCUACAGCAUCGUCAUGACUUCUAUUUCGAAGAUUGUGCUGUUGAAACAGUUUCAUCUUUAUGUACAAAUUAUGAAUUAGCUAAUCAAUUAUGGAAGCUAAGUUAUGAAGCAGUUGGAAUGUAA